GAACUGUGACUUUCCGGUCUGGAUACCAAGUGAUGUUUUCUGGACGAAACGUAACGAAGAGCAAAUUCGAAAUGGAUAUAUACCGCUACCAAAUAUACAUUUGUUGCCUCGCCGCUACUGGUACCUCUAUCCAAAAAUAUUCCAAAAACAUAGUCGAAAGGAUUUCACGAAAUCUGGCAAGGAUUAUUCUGGUAUGGCCACUCCAUCGUCGGGUCGUGCAACACGAGGCAGUUCCAAUCGUGCAAAUGAUUGGGAAACCUAUGAUACGGAAGUGCCAAUGCGACAUAUUCGAAUUGAUGAUGAUGCGCUUAUUGCGAAUCGUGCAAAUGAUUGGGAAACCUAUGAUACGGAAAUGCCAAUGCGACAUAUUCGAAUUGAUGAUGAUGCACUUAUUGCGGUCGAUAGUUCUGAAUUGCUUGAAAUGCAGCCAGCAGCUGUUCCAGCGGAGCAGUCCUCAUACAAACAGAUGCGAAGACAAUCGCUAGAAACAGUGCAUCUUACAAUGAUUUGGCAACGUCGCAAGAUCUUACUGGAACCAUGGGACAGCUCCGCGGAAGAGGUCUCAAAAGAACUUGAUGAUGGAAGCGAUAUGCAGGAAGAAUCGGAAGAUGAGCUGGUCGAGAAGCUGAUGAUGGAGGAAUUGAUGCCCGAAUUAGCACGUGAAAAAGAGCUCGGCGACGGCCGAAGUGAAUCAAGCCUUACCGCCGAAACAGCGGCACCCAAUCAGCGAAAAUCACGAAAACGCUCAUCGUUUCCACGAAAACCAGAUUUAGCCACGGAAGAAUCGGAAGAUGAGCUGGUCGAGAAGCUGAUGAUGGAAGAAUUGAUGCCCGAAUUAGCACGUGAAAAAGAGCUCGGCGACGGCCAAAGUGAAUCAGGCCUCACCCCCGAAACAGCGGUACUCAAUCAGCGAAAAUCACGAAAACGCUCAUCGUUUCCACGAAAACCAGAUUUAGCUACAGUUGCAAGCACUCUGAUGUCCGAUCGAAUUAAUUUAGUUAUUCCAGCCGCCAAUAAUACGCCCAAAACAGCUCUGCACAGCAUUGAACGUAUCGCCGAUUUGAACGGAUAUGUGGAGAUGUUUUCGGAUGAGAUCAGCGCGCUGCUCAAAGAAAUGGUCGUAAGUGUAGCGCUACAGGUUGAUUAUGUUGAAAAACAACAACCUGCUUCUUUAUCGGACUCCAAACGAGCAGCACCGAUCCCAUCUUCAGCAAAAGCAAUCUCCCUGAAAGAGGCACAAAAAGAUUUUGGUGAUUUAACACUGGAAGAAUUCCUACGAGGCAUGAAUCAACUGGAAUUUUCAUCGACAAUACCUGCCAAAAGAAAACGUCGUGGCCCCCCAGCAGCAGCAGCAGCAGCAGCAACAGUAACGCAAGAUGCCGAAAAUACGGAACCAGCACCGGCAGAUUCCUCGGAAGACGCGAAAACACCGAUUCGAAGGCGACGACAAAGCAGCCAGGAUCAAUCUUCAUCUUCUCGGCCACCUUCUCAGCAGAAGAAACCGCAAGUGGACGAGCAAUGCAUUGCUGCUGUUGAGCAGGUUUUGAAACAAUCAAUUUUACAUGCCAGUGGCAAAGCUCCAGAAGAAAACGUGCUACCACCACGAAUAAAUCUCUUGUAA